UUCAUGAUCGUCUCUUUGUACAGGUGUUCACAUUCAGUCAUUUUUGACUUCAGCAUUUCAUGGAUCUCAGUACUUUUACACAAGACGACUUGUGAGUGCGGAAUUUGCUAUAUCAGGCAUUGUCUGUUUCAAAUCAGUUUUUCCCUUGUUGCUCUGUUUUAUUAUCCUAUCACGGGGCGGCGUUACUGAGCAUCAAGUAACUGUAACUGACCAUGACAACCAUGUUGCUCGACCUGUACAGCACCCUGGAGUCCAACAUGGCCGCCCGCCACCUCACGGAAGCGUGUGGCAUGGUGCUGCCUUUGUUGCUGUUCUUGGCUCCGCUGCCACUCGUUGUCACCCAGCAUCGGACAAUGUCGGUCGGAACGAUGCCGCCGCUGCCUUUUCUCGCGGGGUUAGGAACGAAUUUGCUGUGGCUAAUCGCAGGAAUCGGAAUGCAACAGGUUGCCAUGAUUGUUCCGAAUGCGUGCGGCUUGGUGCUGCAUUCCGCCUACGUGUUUGUCUACUUCUCAGCGUUAACGGCGGAGUUGCGGUUUUACUUGACUAAAGCAGCUUCAUCUCCGGAAACAGAAAAAGACAGCAGUAAGGUCUCUCCGGUCUUGCUCGCAGCUGACAAGGAUGAGGAGGCAGUCGCAAAGAAGAAAAAACCCACUUCGGUGGACUCGAAGCCCGCCGUGGCCCGGCGUCGCUCGCAGACCCCAUCCAGCAUGAAAAAGGGAAAAUCACCUGCGCGAAAAAAGAGUACGGACGGAAAAAAAACCGAUGUUGACUCAACGAAAGCGGAAGCCGACAAAGUUGUGAAGCGGAGGUCGUCAAGUGCAAAUCCAAGAUUAGAAACAUUAGUCGCGAAGAAGAAGGUUUUUUACGUACUUUUAGCCUCUGUCUCCGGCGCGGCCGUGUUCGGUGUCGUUGCACUUGCCGUCCAGAAAACCCAGCUUGUGGCACUGCUGGCUAGCGCUCUGAAUGUGGCAAUGUCCGGCGCUCCAGCAUUGGCGCUCCGCACGGCGUGGACGACCAAGGACAAAAGUUGCUUAGGUAAAAAUCGGUAUGAUGUUUUAUUUGUGUAAGCGAUAAUGAAAAGCUGCAAUUUGUCUCAGCGUGGAACAGUGUUGUUCACUAUAUCUCUCCAAAAACAAAACAGGAAGUGGUGCCAUGCUGUUUGCCGGGCUUGCGUGUUCCCUCGCCUGGACGAUGAUCGGCGCGAUUUGGUGGAAGGACGUCCAAGUUCUCGUCCCGAAUGCCAUCGGCCUCGCGACCAGUAUCGUCGCCUUGAUGCUGGGCAGCUGGAUCGAUUUGACGGUGAAAAAAAAGAAGGCGGACUGAUUCCGAACCGGGAAUUCAGAUGGCCUCUCAGCGGCGAAGCACCGUUAGUCGUACGAAAGUUCUUUACUCGAUCAGCACUUCUAAAAACCGCACUCCCACGUUGCACAAAAUUUUUAUUGUGAGCGAGAAACAAAAAGCAGUUUCUUAGAUGAUGUAGAAGAAAUUGUAGUUCGUCCCC